CCUACGUUCACGUUAUGGCGGCGUAGUAGAAAAAUGACAUACACAGCCUGUUAUGGAGGAAGAAAGGACUGUGCGUUGCGAUGAAGGCUACCGUUGGUUUUGUUGUUUCGCGUCUCGAGGCGAGUGUCACGGCGUUUUCUCGUGGUGAACGGCAUUGUGCGGACGUGAUGUGCGUCGGGACGAGCGAAUAAAGCGCUCGUGCGAUCUCGCGCAUCGAGGAGACACCGAGUGUCGCUGUGUCGUGUCAUUGACUCAGGACGAAGUGUCAAAAUGGUGUACGGGUCCGCUUUUGCCACGAUAAGUAGUAAUUGAACGCUCUCGCGAGCAACGUUUUGUCAGCCGGCGAUCCCGCACGGUGUUUGCAGACGUCGUCCAACGACGAGGGAGUGCGACUUGCGGGAGUGAGAACACAAAAUCUCGCGGAAUUCGCGUCGCACAAAGCAAAUCAACGUUGACGAUCAUUGACAGACAGGACGAUCGCGUAUGCGACGCAGUGCGACGUGUGUGUGUGCCAGUCGUUAUCACUGUCGGCGCUUUCACGCUUGUUUACAGAAGCGAUUUGUUUAAUAUCGCUCGAUUUACAUGAGUUUCAGGAGCUCUUUGCCGAGAAAGAUAUUCAUUAUCGGUAGUAUUUUUAACUCGACUCGCGAUGCCGUCGGUUACGUUACGCGGAUAUAUUUUCCACAUGAUCGAGUUUAUCUGCCAGCUUAUUUCCAAGCUCGUAUAUUAUUACGAAUCGUUGUAAUUAGCCUAUAAUUCAUUCAUUGAGCAGAGACGUGGGUCUUGAUAUAUUUGGCAGGAGUGCCGAUAGUGAAGUAAAUAUUACGUGUGCUGCAUGUACGCGAAUAUAUAUAUAUAUAUAUACAUAUAUAUAUAUAUAUAUAUAUAUAUAUGUGCGUAUGUGUGCGUGUGUGUGCGUUAGCACGAAUAUUGCUGUUGCAAGCAGAAGUUUGCGUGUUAUUACAUAAGGCUAUAUGUAUUUUGGCACUAAGUGCUAAAUAGCACUAGUAAAAUUCGAAUUGAGUUUCACACGAGAUCCUGAUUGCCAUUGUGGAUACUAUUGGGAGGACAAUGAUCGAAGAACCAAGAUGCGUUUAAUCAAACUUACUCAUUAGUGAUUGUAUGUUUGCUGAGGUUAGAGAGUGAUGCCGGUUCAUCAGAUCAAUGUUAAUCCGCCUGACUGGCAACCACCUCUGUCACUUGGACCUUCCAGUAACACCAGCCCCGCUGGCGGGGAGGGUUUACCAGAAUGGACACCACGGGAAUCGGGUUACGCCACGGUAGUCACCAUUAUACCAGAUCAUUGUCACUCGUCAGUGAGCACAUUGUCCUCCAGCAACCAUGAUAUUUGCAGGAUUUGCCAUUGUGAAGGCGAAGAAGGUGCUCCUUUGUUGGCGCCUUGUUAUUGCAGCGGCAGCCUGCGCUACGUACAUCAAGCGUGUCUUCAGCAAUGGAUAAAGGCUUCGGAUACACGCGCUUGCGAAUUAUGCAAGUUCACAUUCAUUAUGCAUGCCAAGACAAAGCCGUUUUGCGAGUGGGAGAAGCUGGAGAUGUCCGCACUGGAGGUGAGAAAAUUAUGGUGCGCCGUCGCUUUUCACGCCGUAGCCGCGCUCUGCGUGGCAUGGUCGUUGUACGUGCUGGUCGAGCGUUCGGUGGAGGAGGCUCGACGCGGUUUCGUCGACUGGUCCUUCUGGACGAAACUGAUAGUCGUCGUGAUCGGCACCACCGGCGGAUUAGUUUUUAUGUACAUUCAAUGCAAAGCGUACAUUACAUUGUGCAGGAAGUGGCGAGCGUUUAAUAGAGUAAUAUUUAUUCAAAAUGCUCCUGAAAAAGUGGUGCUUCCUCCUUCACCUACGGACUCUCUGAGAGAGGUGACGUUGCCCUUGAAGGACCCGACUGCCUCGAUGCCCGAGCUCAAUCGCACUCUGUUACCCCGUACCAUAGAUCCUCCAUGUGCCUCGCAGCAGAUGGCGAAGCCCGAUUCCGCCGCGCCGCCGCAGAGGCACGACGCUCAACUAAAACUUUACGUAUUCGACAAGUUGUCCUCGUCCGAGGACAACCUAUAAUACACGCAUACUUUGGCGAAACGGCGAGACUGCCGUUAAUCGUUCGUUGAGAAUGAAGAGAAAAAGGAGGAAAGGUGAUUAGCCAAAUUUUCAGUUCGAAGUAAGCGCGCGGGCGUGUCUGGACAGAACUGGGUGAUUUUAGACUACGUAUAAUUACGAUUUCGAAACUCGGAGCGAGAAGAUCACAUCCUUGUCGCGAAGUCGUCGAAUAUCCGCCCUUAAAUGAAACAAAGCACCUUUUUCCGAAACUUAGUUCUUCAUCAGUGCUUACAGUGUUGACAAGUGGGGUAGACGAAAGUGUACAGUCGGAACACAGCUGGCGCUUUCUCAGACAAUUAUGUACAUAAUUAUUGUAUCUGUGAUGUUAUUAAAUAAACUUUACCAUAUUUAAACAA